AUGGAACAGCAAAAAAAUAUUAGUUUGGAAGAAGAAUUUGAAACCCCAGAAGCUAUGCAUACAGGACCUAAAGGGGUAAUCAAUGACUGGAGAAAAUUUAAGUUGGAAAGCGAAGACCAAGAUAAUCUUCCUUCAAGCAAGAAAGAGAUCCUCAUCAGGCAAAUCUCUUCACCCCACUGCUCUCAUGGUAGAGAUGACAAAGACACCAGAGAACGAGCCAGUCGCAAGAUGAGUAUGCAGGAAUAUGAGUUUUUGAACGACAAAGAAGAUGAGAGCUGUUUACAGCAAUAUCGGAAGCGUUGCAUGAAAAACAUGCACCAGCGACUGAGUUUUGGGCCAAAGUACGGCUACCUUUCUGAGUUGCAGGAUGGGAAGCAGUUCCUGGAAGCUGUUGAGAAGGAACACAAAACCACCACAGUAAUUGUCCACAUCUAUGAAGAUGACAUCAAGGACUGUGAGGCGCUCAACAGCACCCUCACUAGUCUUGCUGCCGAGUACUCUACUGUGAAAUUUUGCAAAAUCAAGGCUUCUAACACAGGGGCAGGAGACCGUUUCUCCAGUGAUGUUCUUCCAACACUACUUGUCUACAAAGGUGGAGAGCUUGUAAGCAAUUUCAUUAGUGUAACUGACCAAUUCAAUGGAGAGUUUUUUGCUAUAGAUGUGGAGACUUUCUUGAAUGAGUAUGGGUUACUCCCUGAGAAAGGAAUUCCAGCUCUUGAGAAUGGUGACAUGGAUGAGCAAGAAAUUGAACAGUAG